GCUCUCCUCAUCUGCCGCCCUUCCUCCUACUCCCCCGACCCUUGCCAGUCGUCCGUUCGCUCCUCUCUUGCUGCUUUCUUUUCGUCGUACACCCGGGAAAAAAAAAAAAGAAGAAGGCAUCGAUGAAGAGAGCAAAUAGCAUGAUUUAGGGAGAAGAGAAGAACGACGGCGGUGACGGGAAAGGAAAGGAAAAGACAAGAUAGAAAAGGAAAGUGAAAGCAAAGGGGGAAGAAAAAAGCGCGAAAAGAGAAAAGAGAGAGAGAGAGAGAAAGAAAGAAAGAUAUAGCGAGAAAGGGUGAGGGUGAGAGAGAGAGAGAGAAAGAGCAGAAGUGUGGAAAUAACAACAUCAGUAUACGAAGCCCUGUCGGGGUUAUAUGGGCAAUAUUUAGUAUCUGUUACCCCUGGGGGAAAGAUACCAAGUCAGCACCGAAGCAGAAGAAGGAAGAGGAGGAGGAGGCGGAAGAAGAGGAGAAGGAAAAAAUAUAAUUUACACUUCAAGUUCUUCUCAUUCUGUAAAAUAAGAUGCCCUACCCCAAACUACUCUCACAGAGCAGCAACAGCCAGUUGUCCAAAGACAUGGAGGAAAGUGGAAGAGGAGACAAUGAUUCUGAUCUCGGAUCAGAUUCUUCAAGGAAAUCUCGACCAAAUGUUCUCAUUGUCAUCACUUUUGUGCUUGAGCUGAUUAUAUUGGGGAUAAUUGCUACCUUAGCUUACUUUCUCAGAUGGACAAAUGUCUUCCCAAUGCGACGGAACAACUUUUCUUGUAUAGAUGCUGAGCUCUCACAUUCUUCAAAAGAAAGUCUUUUUGUGGAUUUUGCAUUUCAUGCUGAAGUUUCUGAUGAAGCUGUAUAUUCUUUGAGUGUUUGUGUUCCACCAUUUGUGAUAUUAAUAAGUGAAAUAGGUAUGUGGGCCUUCAGUUCUGAACCUCAACGUUCUAUUACUAUUCUCUGUGCUGCCUGCAGGCUUCCACAGAUUAUUCGAAGAAUUUUCCGAUUCAUAGGCGUCUUUCUCUUCGGUGCCAUGGCACUGAUGGUAUUCACAGAUGUCAUCAAAUUAAUGACGGGGCGUUUACGGCCGAAUUUCCUUGAUAUCUGCCAAGUAAAUCGGUCGAAGUGCUUCUUGCAAAAUCAAAGUGGAGGAGAUGAGUUGUGCCUGGUCAAAAAUAUGUUACACCUCCGCAAUGCUCGAACUUCAUUUCCUUCGAUGAAUGCAUGUUUAACUUCAUAUGCAGCUGUCUUCCUUGUGAUCUAUAUACAUUAUGGUGUUGGCACCCACACCUUAAAACUUGUACGAGUAUUCUUGGCCAUGAUAUUCUGUAUGAUGUCUCUACUUUGUGGAUUGGUAGAAAUUGGACUGUUCCGAAGUUACUGGACAGAUGUCGUUGCUGGCUUUGGAAUGGGUGUUCUCAUGGCUGCCUACCUGGGUGGAUUUGUGCUACAUAAUUUCAGUGAACACACAUUGGACAAAAAACUGCUCCGAGCACUGAAAACAUAUUUGUUGCAACAUGGAGGGUCAUCUGGACGUCCAGGGAACAUGAGGUAUGAUCCACUGUUUGGUGGUUCUGGCUUCCAUAUUCCUCGUGUACAUGUCCCGCUGUUUGCCGACGAAAGCAACCACAAGCAUCGGACUCAUAGACCCCAAGAUACAUUCCAAAGGGAUCUAUCACAUGUUGUUGAACAUUAUCGCCGUGGCUCUCCAACCCAGGGUAGCACUCACAUGUGAAUGUACCCAUUCAUCAAAGAGGCACCAAAACGUGAAUGAAAACUCACGCUAGCUUACACAUACCACAUAUUAACACUCACACACACACACACACACACACACACACACACACAC